AGUUGACCACGGAUAAAGCUCAGGUUGAACAUCGGGAGGCCAGCGGUUGUCAGUGAAAUCAUAGGAAAGACUUGGGAAAACCUAUCAGAAUGAUCAAGACCCUAGUUUUUUUCGCUUCUUUGCUUUCAUUGCUCCAAGAUCAAACAUUGGUGUCAGCGUUCAUUCCGACAUACUUCAUGGUGGAGACUUCGACCGACGCGUCCUCAAGGCUCGCCUUGUCAAGAGGAACUCAGCUCUACUCUACCAGGAGCUCAAGCUUCGCUUUCGGGGACGUGAGGAGCAUCAAUGCACCGGAUGGCCGACCAUUCGGGAAGGAGUGGCUGGAGGGCAAGCAUGGCAAGGCGGCGGAGGAGCUUUCAUUGCGGUUUUCCAGCGCCGCUGGCGUGGCCAAGGAGGCGCCGUCGAAGCAGCAAGAGCUGCAGGAGGCAGCGAGUGGGGUGGAACUAUACUUCUACAGCCUCCUCGCUAUCUCAACCGUCUUGAUCUUCACACUGAGCGGAGAAGACGCUCAUAUCAGCUUGGCAGCAGUUCUUGCAGGAUGGUGAUGGGGACUUGAUGAUACAAGUGUACAAUAGACGCCAAGGGAACGAGGCUCUGGCAGCCGGUGCGCUGGUUUUCGUGAUAGAGCACGUUGGGCAUGAUGAGUGAACAUUCCCGGUAUGUUUUGUAGAUUGAUGAGAAGGGAAUAAACUUACGAGACUAGC